UAUCGCUACGGUAACGCCGCUUUGCCAGGGCCAACAGGAACAGGCGUUCCUAGCCUUGAACACUUGGAAUAUUUUCCUCCAGAAGAAAAUCGGAGCAAGAACGGACGGGCCAUGCUUGUUUAGCGCUUCUACGUUUCCUCAGGAAACGUUUCCAGUGCAAUGACUUCGCCAGUCCGCAGGAUUAACAGGUGUGCGCGGCUGGGUGACUUGAGUCUGCGGGUCAGGCCGUGUGAGAGAAGGCGGGACACAGCAGCAGGGAAAAUCGAUUUCUCAACUCUGGCUGUGCGGACCGGCAACAUUUGUAUUCAGAUCCACUGAACCAGGAGACAUGAUAAGUAAUGACCAGCCAAUUCAGCCCGUCAGCCCUCACUAAUUACCUCUAACCGGACAACAAAACACGCCCGGCGAUCGGCGCCAAGAUGGACUAGUUUCCACCAAGCCUUGACCAAAUUCUGCCCUAUCUGCCCGAUUAACUUCACUCGCCUUAUCUGCGCUGAUUACUGGUGAACACAGGAUGGACACAGUUGUGGGUGUGGGCAGGGACCCGGCCCGGCCUCUGACCAGAGGCCGCUCGUGCAUGCGCCAGGGCAUCUUCGUCUGGAACCACGACCUGCUGAAAAUCAACACGGAUGACGAGACGGGGUUUUCAGUCCGCGGGCAGCCCCUCACACUGCACCAGCCCAAGAAGCAGGAAGAGACCAGUGCGGAUAUUUUCAACCAUCCUAUUCAGCAGAAACCGAAAAACCUACCAAACCUACGCAACGUCGAACCGAAUUCUGAACAGAGCAAUCCUCACAUAACGUUGGAACCAAUAGGGACAAACAACGCCAAGGCAGAGGACUUAAAUGUGCGCCUAGAAUUCCUGACGUCCGUCAUCUCGAAGUUCAGACUACAGAAGAGAAAGGACUGUCUACAUGAGGUGGACUGGGCGGACCCCGGGCAGGGACAGCCGCGGUGUUCACGCUGCGGAAAGUAUAUGAGAACGGCACCCCGUCUGCCCGAGGUGGACAAACUCACAAAACAAAGGAAGGACAGAGUCAAUAUUGAUGAGACCAAACUUCCUAAUCAAUCGUCCCUAUUGCAGGGGAAGCUUCUGUUCAUCAGAGACGACGAAAUGCCACCAAAAACUGCAAAAGGAAACAAAAGACGUAAAACAAAGAAAGCAAAGCAGGGUAAAAACUAUUCAUCCCCUAAAGAAUCUGUUCCACUAAACACAUCAGCUGCCACCAUCCAAGCGGUGGAACGCGAGGUGGAAGAGACGACAGAAGACAUGUUGGACAGACCGUCGGGCCCCAGGCGCGUGCUGGUGAGGUUCAGCAGCAGGCGGACAGUCAGGACCUUCCUGCCGGACGCGCCCGUGGCCGGACCGGUCCGGAGAGAGACUGGGGAGUGCUCGUGAACUGAGGCUGCGUAUCAGAAUAAACAUUAUAUUCACAUGUGUCACUUUAAUACAUGUUAAGACAUUCAUUAUGGAAUUUUAAAGCUGCCAAAAGUUUUGAAGUCUUGACACGAAACAGAGAAAAUGGUGCUCUUGGAAACGUCAAAUGACAACUAAUGACUGUAUUGCCUGUAGCCAGUAACAUAACUUUUUUAAAAAUCUAAAGUGGUCAAUAUUGAAUGCUUUAUCACGCCGGUUUGUCACAUUUAAAACCUGUAUACUUCCAUGAGUGAAUUCCAUUCUAUAAAAGUGACGGCGCCUCAAAUGUAUAGUGCUUUAUGAAAACUGUUAUGGGUAAAGGGUUUGAAAUCGUGUUUGUAAAUACAUGAGUUGUUUGGAAACUUAGAUGAAAAAAAAAACUUUCUCAACAGCUUCGAUAUCAUUCAAUGGACUAGACCGAAAGUAUCGUACUAUGGCAGCCAAGACUUUCAACUUUGUAAAGUACAUCCGUUAACGUCUUUAUUCACUGUAGAUACAGAUACACAGAGUAGGGUGUUAUCACUUCAAAAUCCACCCAGUAUAUUAUGGACAGGUCACGAAGAUGUAUGCAUAAUUCGUUGCUAUGGUAACGGAAAAUCAGGUGGAAAACAAUCCGUGCGCAGUAAGAUCACGUUACGGCAUAUCGGGUAGAUUUAAUAAUACUAGUAGUUGUUAUUGGAGACAAAACCGCACAAAUACAAAGAGUUGAGUUGUAUGGAAACAAUAUUGUAUCACGCAUUUAAUGUUCUAGCACACAAGAGUCUACAGCACAAAGCUGAAUGUAUUCUCCUCUGUUGAGAGUCGUACAACAUAUUUCCAAGACAAUACAGUAGUCCCUUAAAUUACUUUGAUUUGGUAGGACCAUUGCAUGCGAAGCUGUACCGAAACGUUCCGUAGACAAGCCUUUGCCUCUCUUGUUUACACACAUUCUCACAUGUAUGGAUACAUCUACGUGAGAACAGACUUCAUUUCAUUAGCUCAUUGAGAGCAUAGCUGUGUAACUGUAACUGUGGCUAGCUCUGCUCAAAUACAUACAUCUACAUUGAUUUACACGCAACAAUGCCUACAAAACCCAUGGAAAUCUUUUCAUAACAUUUGAAUCAUCCUGUUUGCUAUUCAAGAACAAACAAACCAACAAAUACAAACCAGCCAACAAACAA